UGACAAAACAGAGAGCUAUACAGCGUUGUUCUUCAGACUGUUGCACCUCGAACAAGCAGCUGCAAGCUUCAUCAAUGGCGGCGCAGCCCCAGAAAAAGACCAGCCAAUCGAACAAGAGGAAGAGAGUCCCCAACCAGAAGUCCGAGGGUGCAACCGCAGUUACCAAGAAACCGAAAUUCGCGUCAAAUCCUAAGAAACUUAAGCCAAAUUCGAACAAUGUUCAAAGUAAAGACGGGACAGAAAAGCCAUUCAAAAUUAAAGGACCUAAAAAGGACCACCAGAAGCCGAGUGUGAAGAAGGAUGGAGUGGAGGACUCCAAGAAACUAAGUCGUUUGCGCUCAAAGGAACUAGCUGAAGCAAGGAAAAAGAAGAGGAAGAAGCAUUACUCACUGGAACAAGAGCUGGCAUUGCUUUGGGAGAAGAUGAGAUGUCGAAAUAUUGCAAAAGAAGAUAGAUCAAAGUUGGUAAGUGAAGCACUGCAAAAGAUGAAGGGGAAGAUUUCUGAAAUUGCAAGCUCUCACGUUUCAUCUCGCGUUCUUCAGACUUGCGUUAAACAUUGUACACAAGAUGAAAGAAAUGCUGUGUUCAUGGAGCUUCGUCCACAUUUUAUUGCUCUUGCAAGCAAUACUUAUGCAGUUCAUCUUGUUACAAAGAUGUUAGAUCAUGCACCCAAAGAACAGCUAGCAGAAUUUAUUUCAUCGCUCCAUGGUCAUGUCGCUUCUCUUCUUCGACAUAUGGUUGGCUCUGUAGUUAUUGAACAUGCGUAUAACCUGGGGAAUGCUACUCAGAAGCAAGCUCUUCUUAUGGAACUAUAUUCGCCGGAGCUUCAGUUAUUUAAGGAUUUGGUUGCAAUGAAAGAGAACCGAUUAGAAGAUGUAAUUUCCAAGUUGCAGUUGCAAAAGUCAUCAGUUUUACGUCACAUGACAUCCGUACUCCAACCAAUUCUAGAGAAAGGGAUAUUGGACCAUUCCAUUGUACACAGAGCAUUAAUGGAAUAUUUAAACAUCGCAGAUCAGUCUUCUGCCGCAGAUGUUAUUCAACAGCUCUCAGGUUCGUUUCUUGUUCGGAUGAUCCACACCAAGGAUGGAUCCAGGCUCGGUAUGCUCUGUAUCAGGCAUGGGAGUGCAAAGGAGCGAAAGAAAAUUAUCAAAGGCAUCAAAGGCCAUGUUGACAAAAUAGCUAAAGACAAGUUUGGGAGUAUGGUACUUGUCUGCAUUUUUUCAGUUGUUGAUGAUACAAAACUUGUGUCAAAGGUUAUAAUCCGUGAGCUUGAAGGGAACUUGAAAGAGCUUCUUUUGGAUCAGAAUGGAAGGCGCCCUUUCCUGCAGCUUCUGCAUCCUAAUUGUGCACGAUAUUUCAGUCCUGAUGAUUUAACAUCUUUAAGCCUACCUAUUCCAUCCCUGAAAAAUAAGGGUGAGUCAGAUGGUGGUGAAACUGUUGAAGAAGAUAAGGAUGGUGAAGGUGAUCAUUCCAAUGCAAGUAUACAACUAAAUGAGGGUGGUAAGAAGGAUUCUUUUAAGCGGAGACAGGAGUUGCUCGUCAACAGUGGGCUUGCCGAGAAACUUAUUGAUGCAUGUGGUGAAAUGGCAGAAGGUUUGCUAAGAUCUAAAUACGGGAAAGAGGUCAUAUAUGAGGUUGCUACUGGAGGUUCUGAUCGUAUACUACGUCCUGCUUUGGAUGAAAAGUUGGGCAAGUUUCAUGAAGCAAUAGCAUCUAUUGCUGCCCAGCCUAAGCCAGAUGAACCCGAGGAAGAGCAUAUUUUGGAGCACUUUCACUCAAGUAGGACCAUCAGGAAACUUAUUCUUGACUGCCCGGAAUUUGCUUCUACCCUAUGGGAAAAAGCUUUGAAAGGAAAAUGUGCAGUCUGGGUGAAAGGUCACAGUUCGAAGGUAAUUAGUGCAUUCUUGGAAACCUCAAACUCGGCGGUAAAGGAGUUGGCAAAAGAAGAAUUGCAGCCCUUCAUUGAGAAAGGCGAUCUGAGUUUACCUGUAGCUCAAUGAGUCCAUCUGAAACGACUAAAUCAACGACAGUCCACCUGAUGACUAAAUCAGCAGCAGGGAAUAACAAGGAAACAUAUCCCUCAGGAAGCAUGAAAUCGCUGGCUUAGCUGAUGACAUGCAUUGAAGUUUACCUGCUGAGGCCAUAUUCUGGGCCAUCUUCUGCCCCGUCAAAUGAGUUGUCUUCGUUCCGUGUGCUUGGAGAAGAAAAAUUUUGGAGCUUAAGCUGUGAUUGUUGAUGGAACAGUGUUUUAUUCUACUUUAUGCAUAUGUGAAAUAUGUUAACUGUUAAUCUUAAGAACGCAUAAGGAAUUGCUUUCUCUUCUAGUUUUUAUGAGUUACAUGAAUGUUAAGAAGUUACAAGACAAUCAAGUAACCUAGGAUCUGAUGGUGCCAUGUAAGAUGGAAGUUAUGUGGAAAAUGUUAAA